AUGAGUCGCCGGCAAGAUCAGGGCCAGCGCCAUCACGGCCAACAAUACAAUACAGAGAGCUCUAGAAACUGGAGCGAUGAGGCAGUUCGGGGCAGCUGGGACUCCAACUACCAACGAACAACAUCGGCCAACACAUCACCAAGAGACCAGUCCCAAGCCUGGAGGAGACCAAGCCCUCAAGCCUACGAUAGGCGCCAGACCAUGGUCAACCAAUGGCUCGGUCAACAAUAUACACACGAUCCUUCAGUGGCUAUGGAUGGUGUAUCUGACCUAACGACUCCUACAACAUCUCCUGCCUUUAGCGACUCUCCCACAUUCCCGUCUCGGACUCACGAGGCGCCGCCGUAUCAAACACAUGCCGUGGCUAAUGACUUCCUUGCACCGCCUUCAAGAAAUUCUGUGCCGCCCCGACAGCAUGACCCUCACUACCAUAAUGGAGCUACGUCUUCCUCUCGAGGAUCGACGUCCUAUCGUUAUGAUAACCGGUCAAUGGACUAUCGACAAAUGGAGCCCCGGUCUGCUGAGCAAGAUCUCCGAGGCAUUGGAUCUUUCGCUGACAAUGACCGCUCACGCAGAGAAGUCAAAUACAAGCCGCUCAGCAACUGGUUCGGUCUCUGGUUACCACCUCAUGACUAA